AUGGCAAUACAUUUCAGCCCCAUCUGUUCCCCCUGCGCAGGGAUUGUGCUGGACUCUGGUGAUGGUGCCAGCCACACAAUCCCGAUCUAUGAGGGAUAUGCACUUCCACAUACUAUCUUACGGCUUGAUCUUGCUGGUAGAGAUCUGACGGAUGCUUUGGUGAAGAUUUUGACGGAGAGGGGGUACUCCUUCACUACCACAGCCGAGCGGGAAAUUGUUCGCGACAUUAAAGAGAAGCUUGCUCAUGUAGCCCUUGAUUAUGAGCAAGAGCUCGAGACUGCCAAGAGCAGCUCGGCAGUUGAGAAAAGCUAUGAGCUACCUGAUGGCCAGGUCAUCACCAUUGGGGCGAAGCGAUUCAGGUGCCCUGAGGUGCUCUUCCAGCCUGCUCUCAUUGGUAUGGAGACUACCUACAAUUCUAUCAUGAAGUGUGACGUAGAUAUCAGGAAGGACUUGUAUGGGAACAUUGUGCUUAGUGGAGGGUCCACUAUGUUCCCGGGCAUUGCUAACCGUAUGAGCAAAGAGAUCACUGCACUUGCUCCUAGCAGCAUGAAGAUGAAGGUGGUGGCACCACCUGAAAGGAAGUAUAGUGUGUGGAUUGGAGGUUCCAUCUUGGCUUCUCUUAGCACAUUCUAGCAGAUGUGGAUAUCAAAGGCAGAAUAUGAUGAAUCUGGACCAGCAAUUGUUCACAGGAAGUGCUUUUAGAUGUUCUUUCAGGAUAUUGUUUUUGCAUCUUUCAGGAUAUAUGAUGAAUCUGGACCGGUUAUCUGAUGAUGCAUUUGAGGUAUGUUUGGUUGGUUGGUUGGUUUUAUGUUUUAUGUU